UCUUCCAUUUCUCUACCAUCACUUUUCCAUUCCAUUCCAUUCCAUUCUUCCGGUGCUCGCUUUUGCACGUUUGUAUCGUUUGAGCGGAGUCCACGUUUCGUGUCGUAAGACUUAAAGAAUGCGUUACGUGGCUGCUUAUAUGCUGGCUGUUUUGGGGGGUAAAGCUUCCCCAAGCCAAAAUGACAUUGAAAAAAUCCUGUCAUCGGUUGGAAUUGAAACAGAUGCUGAAAAACUGAAAAAAGUCAUUUCAGAAUUGAAUGGAAAGUCUAUCGAUGAAUUGAUUGCUAAAGGCAGAGAGAAAUUGUCAUCUAUGCCAGUUGGUGGAGCAGCUGCUGCAAGUGUUGCAGCUCCUGCUGCUAGCGCGGCAGCUCCAGUUGAAGAGAAGAAAGAAGAGAAGAAGCCUGCUAAAGAAGAAUCUGAAUCUGAAGAUGACGACAUGGGCUUUGGUCUGUUCGACUAAUGGCACUGUUUUUUUUAUUUUGUCACUAAAAUGAAGUAUGUUAAAUUCUGUGACAAUUGCAUAAACUUUUAUGUACAAAUAAAAGUAAUACUACUAUGUGAGAACACAUAGAUCAUUUUUGAAUUUAA